CCACGUCACCAGGACAAGAACUAAUUCAUCUCGUCGAAGCAUAAAACCUCUUUUACCAUACCCACAAGGUACUCACUUCUCGCAUUAUAUUUUUCUGCAUUUGAUCAAUACAACUCACCUUCUCCAUCUCACUUCACGUUUCUCUCUUUCAAAGAUGGAUUGGCAAGGGCAAAACCUAGCAGAGAAGUUAAUGCAGAUAAUGUUGCUUGCAUUUGCUGUGAUUGCAUUUGGAACGGGAUACAUUACGGCUUCUUUCCAGACGAUGAUCCUCAUAUAUGCUGGUGGUGUGGUUCUCACCACAUUGGUGACUGUUCCGAACUGGCCGUUCUUCAACCGCCAUCCUCUCAAGUGGUUGGAUCCAAGUGAGGUAGAAAAGCAUCCAAAGCCACAACCAUCUCCAAUUGUGAAUUCAAAGAAGAAACCCAUUAAGAAGUAGGGCAAAGAACACAUGUUAGUUAUGGUAUUUCCUUGAGUUAAAAUUCCAUGCUUUGACAGGGUCUUGUUUUACUGGAUAACAUUACAAAAUUUACAAUGUACUUUACUUUCUUGGACUGCAAAAAUAGUAGCAAUUUUAUUUUUUA